GCCGAGCAGCUGCUGACCGGCUGCUGUCUGUUGUCCUCCUGUCUGUCUGGUUAUCUAAGGAGAGCAGAGAGGGACAAACAACAGCAGAGAUUCUGGAGCGAAGCAGUGAAUGAGCGACGUAGUCGAUCAAGGAGACGAGCUGCCUGCUAACCACCAUGCAGCUCUGCCCGUUCUGACCUUGUGUAAUUUCUACUCGCACUGUAAACUAGAGUUCCAGCGAUCCGUCGAUCUUUUAAGCCAAAAUGCCAAAACUUCUCUGGUCCUUGUCUCUCCAGUGUCUCAGAUUUUCUGUUUUUCAUCUUUUUUUUACAUCAUUAUAAACUGAUUAUCUUCGGGUUUUGUACUUUUCAUCGGACUAAACCAAUUUGAAGAGAUCACCUUGGACUCUGUUUGGGAACUUUGUGAUGGACAUUUUUAUCUAUUUUCUGAUAUUUUUGUAGAGCGAACAAUUAAUCAAUUAACUGAGAAAUAAUGGGCAGAUUAAUCAGUAAUGAAAGUAACUGUUGGUUGCAGCGCUAGUCUGAGGUUUAGAAGGAGCUGUAGUCAUAGCAACAAGUCCUUUGGCAAAACCGGCAAAAGUGCAGCUUAUUGACACUGUGUGUGUGUGUUCGAUGCUGUGUCCUGCCUCCUGCCUGCCUCUCCUCAGGGAGUUGGCUCAGUGGCGCUGCCUGCUGGGCUGGCAUCGCCACCACGGAGUGGGUUCAGCUAGCACCACAGGGCUAACCGCUAACACUGGACAACAACAGCAACUGCAGCGGGGGUCAGAGGUCGGGGACAGGGCCGAUCGCCCCGUCGGCCGCACCAAACCUCUGCCGAGCAGCCAGUUUUCGUCGGCCGGCUGUCUACUGUCUCUUCACCACAGCGAGAAGCCCGAUCACGAGGAGGUGUGUGAGUUCAGGCCCUACACCUGUCCGUGUCCCGGGGCCACCUGCAAGUGGCACGGCUCGCUGGAGGCCGUCAUGCCGCACCUGAUGCACGCGCACAAGUCCAUCACCACACUGCAGGGGGAGGACAUCGUUUUCCUGGCGACGGACAUCAACCUGCCGGGCGCCGUGGACUGGGUGAUGAUGCAGUCGUGUUUCAGCCACCACUUCAUGCUGGUCCUGGAGAAGCAGGAGAAGUACGAGGGCCACCAGCAGUUCUUCGCCGUCGUGCUGCUCAUCGGCACCCGAAAGCAGGCCGAGAACUUCGCCUACCGCCUGGAGCUCAACGGCAACCGCCGCCGGCUCACCUGGGAGGCCACGCCGCGCUCCAUCCACGACGGGGUGGCGGCCGCCAUCAUGAACAGCGACUGCCUGGUGUUCGACACCUCCAUCGCCCACCUGUUCGCCGACAACGGCAACCUGGGGAUCAACGUCACCAUCUCCAUGUGCUGAGGGAGCGGAGCGGCGUUAUCGGCAGUGACAGUCCUAACAAGCAGACGGACAUCACAGAGACGCAGUGAGCUCAGGAGGUGUGGCGUUCACCCUCUGUCUCGCUCUGUGCUGGACUGUUAACGUGCUGCGGCGUUGGUGAUGCAGCUGGCGGUGCAGCUGCGGCGGUUUGAAAGGAAAAACGGGACAUUUGCAGCAGAUUCUAGCGCCGAGAGACAACUUCUCAAACAACUCAGCAGCCGUGGCGGCAGAAGGCCGGCUCCACCCCGUGUGAUGUUGGUGUUUGAUAUUUGAUGGAUGACGGGACAGAAAGCGCCGACGGUGGAGGAGAUCACCCGUCCAGGGUGGGACGCCUUGGCUGGACAGAGACCGAGCUGUCCUGAGUUUACUCUCCCGAGCAGAGAGGAUUCUGGUCUCACUGGAGGGAACCAACCAGGUCUUUAGCGCAGCAUCGGACUUCCUGUCGGCGUGUUCACAGUAUUCGGAUCUUUGCUGGGAGCAGCUGCUGUCAUUGGCUGGGGUCCAGUUUACAGCGUUCACCAGCGGAGUCCUUGUGAGCGACGACUGUUAGCUUUACGUUUUGUUUUUUUUUCCUUCCGCUUUUCCUUACGAAGAUAUUAAAACUUGAAGACACGUGUGGUUGAUUGACAGGCAUCUCAGCCUAUAACAGUGGUCGCUGUAGUUCAUUCCUUUGCCCAAAAACCGCUCCUUCUGGUUCAAAACAACUGAGAAUGAGGUCAAUGAGCAGUGGGCGAUAUGGAUAAGAUUGGUUUACACAACUCCGUAUCUCAGUAUCGAUAUGUUGUGAAGAUAAAUCUAAAAAAAAUCAACUGAUAAAGUGUUUAUGGAUAAAAGAACUAGACAGAAAUGUCUUUUAUUUAUUGGUAAAUCCAGCAAAUGAAAUCACCUGACAUAUGAAAAAUGAAAAUGAAAAACCAGUACCAACGUAACACAGGCUUUCUCAUUCAUUUGCGCCACUUCCCACAUUGGUCUAAUGCAGCCAGAGAUACACAAAUUAAACAGACGCACAGCUGAACAGGUUGUUAUUGCGAUAUGGUACGAUAUGAUGUCAGGACUUGUCAUUAUAGAUUAAUCUGCCGGUUAUUUUCUCAAUUAAUCCUUUAGUCUAUAAAAUGUCGGAGAAGUGACGCUUCAGAUGUCUCUUUUUGUCCGAUCAACAGUUUAAAACCCAAAGAGUUUCAGUUUACGAAGAUAUAAAACACAGAAAAGCAGAAAAUCUUAUUAUUUGAGAGGCCGAAAACAGCAAAUGGUUUUUUGCUUUUCUGCUUGAAAAACAACAAUGAACCGAUUUUUGAAUAAAGUUGCCGAUUGAUUUUCUGACGACCGGUUGAUCGACUCAUCGUUGCAGCUCUGGAGUUUUCACCCACUGGAGUGACUCUUCCAAAACUUCGUUGGGCUGAGAAAAGGCGAGGUUUUGACCGUACCAGGCUCUUCGCAAGAGCAGGAACGAAACCGAAUACCUCGCGCUGACAAUCGCGGUCAAGUGAUGGAACCAAAAAUAUUCCACACCUACAAUACGACCCGCUAAAACACGAUCACGUACCAAAAUAGAUGCACAAAGCUUUCGACUUCUGUGCAAGGUACGGCCAAAACGUUGCCUUUCGCCGCAUCAGUUGGUUAAACUUUGAGGAACUUGAGUCGAGCGUGUCUGUGUUGUGUGUUGUGUGUUCUCCUUCCCCCCGACCCUCGAUGGUCGGACGGGACGUUCACACGACUAACACCAUCAAACCUCUCACAUCCAGUCGACCCCAGACUUCAGGAUUUGAAAUGAAGCGACACAUCCGCCAUAUUUGUCCAAAAAAAAA